AUGGACCACGUAUUUCGGCAACGGAGAAUCAGCGUGCCUAAACGAACGAGCGAGCUGGUCGCGUUAGUGGCUGUCAGCUGCACGCUAUUCCUGUUUCUGCACACACGAGAUCUCAGUACCAAGCUGCGACAGAUGCAAAGACUUAACGAUGACGUCACGGCAUUCAAUCAUCUCACAGACAGAAUAGAAACGGACCGAGCUGAGCAUGCAUACGCGUCGGCUCAAGAAUAUAAGGAAGCCCUUGAAGCACUAAGAAGAAACACCGGCGCUGAACGCAGAAAACCUCAGCGCACUCUGGAAUCAGAAGUCAUGAGGUCUGAAGAGGUAGAACAGGAGUUGCAAGAAGAAGUGCUACCAGAUCCUUGGGAGCUGAACAAUACGGCGCGUAGCGAUGUAGAGUUGCUGUUUUUCAACAGGGUGCCGAAAGUUGGAAGCCAGACAUUCAUGGAACUACUACGGCGAUUGGCGAUAAGAAAUCAAUUUGGUUUCCAUCGAGACGCGGUACAGCGAGUAGAAACUAUAAGAUUAGCGCCCGCGGAUCAGCAGGUCCUAGUCAGCCUCGUAUCAGCACAUACGCCGCCUGCGUCAUACAUCAAGCACGUCUGCUACACCAAUUUUACCAGAUUCGGCUAUCCAUCUCCAAUCUACGUGAACGUGGUCCGGGACCCCGUAGAACGAGUAAUAUCCUGGUACUACUACAUCAGGGCUCCGUGGUACUAUGUCGAACGGAAGAGAGCCUUCCCCGACCUGCCUUUGCCGGAUCCUGCCUGGCUGAAAAAAGACUUUGAAACGUGUGUACUGAGCGGCGACCGGGAAUGCCGCUAUCUGGAAGGCGAGACGCAUGAGGGGAUUGGUGACCAUCGCAGGCAAACGCUAUUCUUCUGCGGCCAUGAGCCACAGUGCACGCCUUUUAACAGUCUAGAAGCACUUCAACGCGCCAAGAGAGUGGUGGAACAACAGUACGCUGUAGUCGGUGUGCUCGAAGACAUGAACUCCACCCUGCUUGCGUUCGAGCGGUACAUACCGCGAUUCUUCCAGGGAUCCUUGAGAUUAUAUUGGGAAGAACUAAACACCUUCAACCGUAUUAACCGGAACGCAUUUAAGCCUCCAGUCUCUGAGGCAGUGAAGCAAAUCGUCCGGGCGAAUUUUACGCGAGAAAUCGAAUUUUACGAGUUCUGCAAACAACGGUUACACAUGCAACUAAAAGCACUCAGGGACUCCUCGAUCACGUUACCGGCUCCUACACCUAACGUACGACAGAUACCAAACAAUUAUCAGUAUAACAUUGUAUAG